AGAAGUCACGCAUCCAGAAUUGGAAACGGGAAAAUCGAAAGGUAGGCCUAUAAGAAAAAGAAUUUACUGAUAUGAUUAAGGUUUUAUCAGAGUGUUUAAGAUAUGUUAAGAAAUUAAUUAACAAAACAAUUUCCUUCGAAGAUAUCAGUUUGCCUAUUAGUAUAGGUAACCAUGCGAUGGCGAGUACAAUUAGGGAUUAAUAGUACGAGUGAUGUUUGGAAAUUUUGCCAAAAUUGGGGGCGAAUCCAAUUUGGCAAAUUUCCAAACAUCACGAGUACUAUUAAUCUCUAAUUGUACGAGCAACAUCGCAUGAUUACUUGUUUAGUAUUAGCAUCACAAAAUUGGAUACGUACUUCUCAAUGUCAACAUCAUAUUCUUUCGCCAAGCCCAGUUCUGCCAGACUUUCAACCAAAAUUUGGUGCUUUUGUUUGUAUUUUCAUUUAGUUUAUCUUUUGUUAAAGCAAAAUUUGGUGUUUUUGUUCGUAUUUUCAUAUACUUCCUUCACAGCAAAUUAAUUUCACAUCUGUGUUUAAAAUACCUUUCCGCCAUUUUGUUUGUUUUGGGAAAUAAUAAGUACCUACCAAAAUAGCGCGCGGAUCCUUUCGCGAUGUUUUCGCGUCUAAAAGCUCAGGAAUGCGACCACAUUCGUAACAUUGUGAAAUCGACUUCGUUUGAAUGGCGACGUCUGAUUGGUCUGCGAGGCAUAGGUAGUGACAUGCACAUCCUGUUGUGUGGUCUUUUCCAGUUUUAUCUAUCUAUUUUUUAUAAAUGUGUAAGUUUUUUUUUAAUUUCUCCUUUUUAUAAACUUCGUAAAAUUUGCGUCAGCCCGCUUGAUGAGUAACUGAACGCUGUACAAAAAUAUGUUUAAAAAAUAAAAAGUAAAAUAGUUUCACAUUUAAAAUAGCGAUAAUAGGCGUAUAAAUGUAGCCGUAUUCUUGAACACUUUGACACGAAAAACAUGACGAGCUUUUCCGGCGAGGCGAUGGUUUUGGUAAUUUUAAGGUUACUAAUUUUAGGAUCGGCUUUUAUUGUUCGUGAUGAUUGACAUUACGUGAUUAACGAAGGAAAAAAGGAAAAUGAAGCCUAAACUAUCACGGAUAUCAAUCACUUUGUGGCAUCGUUAUCAUUAUUUUUUUAGGUUCACUACAAAAAGAGUUGCUGUCGUUCCCAAACUUGGCUUAUGUCGUAGGUGGUUUCGUUUUAUUAGUUGGAAUAAUAUUGUUAUUUAUAUUCUUACGACGACGUAGAAGAGUUGAUAGUCGACGCCUUAAUAACGAUGUUUUCCAAUUAUCAUUUGGAAAUGAAAUUUAUUCACUUGAGUAUACCGACAACAACGAUCGCCGUGAAAGGUCAGCAGAAAAUAUGUUGUAUACGACACAUGAAGAAUGUCGAAAUGAAAUCAAUGACGUCACUGAAUGUUAGAAAGCUUCCUGUCAGAAACAAACGAGUAUUGGGCACAAUCCUAAUAUAGUUAUCAUUAUAGAUUAGUAAUUUAAUUCAAAAGAUUCAAAACUUAACUUAGGCACUCUAAGCUGAUCACACAGGAUACAAUUUCCUAGCUUACUAGCUAGAAAUAACACUAUUUGGGUUAAGUAAUAUAUCUACAUGGCCAUGGAUAUAUUUCCUUAGUGAUUCAAUAUCUUUAUAUUUGAACAGAUCUAACAAAGAUAUUCGGUUGAUUUAAUUAACCAGAACCUUCUGGUCGUAGUUCUCACGACAACUUUUUAAAAAACAAAGAAAUUUUUUUUUGUUUUUCUGUCGUUUAUCCGGCACAAAUAAUCUAUUAAUAUUAAAUAUCUGGCUUGUUUUUAACUCCACUUAUUCAUACUUA